AUGUCGAACGCAGACGAGGCGGACGAUUUGUAUGCAGACCUUUACGGCGAGGAGGCCGAUACUAGUGUGAAGCCUCCCGCGCAGCCUGUUGCUGCCGACCCGCGUGCUGCGCCUGCGGCGGCGGUGGCUCCCGCGCCGGCAGCGACGGCCGAGGCAGGCGGCUCGUUUAUCCCGGGGAUGACGGCAGCGGCUCCUCCUGUAGCUCAGCAGCCUACGGUCGAGUCUGCAGAGGAGCGUGCUGCUGCUGCGAUGCGCGGUGAGCAUGUGGCGCCGCAGGAUUUGCCUGAUGAAGGAAAAAUGUUCGUCGGCGGUCUCAACUGGGACACGAGUGAAGAGAGCCUGCGCAAGUACUUUGGCCAGUUUGGGCCGGUGAGCUCGUGCACGGUGAUGCGCGACGGCACAUCGGGCCGCUCGCGCGGCUUUGCGUUUGUGACGUUCUCGGACCCCAAGUCGGUGAACGCGGUGAUGGUCCGCGAGCACUACCUCGACGGCAAGAUCAUCGACCCGAAGCGCGCCAUUCCACGCCCGGAGCAGUCCAAGACCCAAAAGUGCUUCGUCGGCGGCCUGCCCCAGACUGUGACGCAGGACUCGUUCAAGCAGCUCUUCCAACAGUUUGGCCACGUCCUCGACAGCACAGUGAUGAUGGACAAGGAUACCGGCCGCCCGCGUGGAUUCGGCUUCGUCACGUUCGAGGACGACGACGGCGUCGAGCGCACGCUCGCCAACCAGCCGCUCAUGCUCGACGGCAAGCAGAUCGAGGUGAAGCGCGCCCAAUCGCGGGGUCAGCCGGCGUCGAGCGCGGCGCCGAACCGCUUCAGCUCGGGCGCAAACGACGCGCCGAGCCGCGGCGGACAGGCGCCGCUGCGCGCGUGGGGCGCGCCGAGCGCGGGCGGCGCCGAGGCGGCCAAGGGCGGCUCCUUCGACCCGCAGGCCAUGGCCAAGAUGUACCAGCAGAUGGGCUGGGGCGGUGCCAACUGGAACCCGCAGAUGGUCUGGCAGCAAAUGAUGUCGGCCUACAUGGGUGGCGCCGGGGCCAAGGGCGGCUGGAACCCGGCCGCGAUGGGUGGUGCUGCUGCUGGCGGAGCCAACAGCAACCCGGCCGCAGCUUAUAUGCGCGCGUACAGCGCGGCAGGCGCAGGCAACGCCUCGGGCGGCGACAACAAGUCGCCGGCCGGCGGCGGCUGGGGCAGUCGCGGCGGCAGCAGCGGCCCUUCGAGCGACGACCCGCGUGGACGCUCCUCGCACGGCGGUUCGUCGGGCGGACACCGCGAGCGUUCGCCCGUGCGUGGCUCGCGUAACUACGAUGAACGGAGUCGUUUCUAG